AUGACAACCUUAUGCGAAACAAACAUGGCCGCCGCCACACUGACCGCUUGCAGUCUAACGCUGCCUUAAAUUACAACUAUAAUUAAAAAUAAUGUAUUACUAUCAGUUGUAAAAUUGUUUCCUAGGCCGAGAUGUGGUUUCCAGUUCUCUCAGCAUGUUUAAGAGGCCGAGCAGUUAGUAAAAGCGGCUUUGUGGUAGCUUCCCUGUGUCCAAAGCACAGGGAAGCUAAUGUCUCCCACUUCAGUCAUUCAGCUGGACGCUGCUCGCAGACCUGCCAAGCUCUGAUCUACAGAAAACAUGGAGACCCUUCUCGAGUCGUGGAACUGGAGGAUGCACCAGUUCCCCAAACAGGCGCAAAAGAAGUCCUGGUGAAACUGCUGGCAUCUCCAAUAAAUCCAUCUGACGUAAACAUGAUUCAGGGUACUUAUGCUAUCCUGCCAGACCUUCCUGCUGUUGGUGGCAAUGAGGGCGUGGCCCAGGUCAUAGAAGUGGGCAGUCAGGUGAAGUCUCUUAAAGCAGGAGACUGGGUCAUCCCCAGAGAUGCAGGGCUUGGAACUUGGAGGACAGAGGCAGUGUUGGCCGAAGAUGAUGUUUUCUCAGUGCCAAACAGCAUUCCUCUGCUCUCUGCUGCCACACUGGGAGUGAACCCCUGCACAGCCUUCAGGAUGCUCUCCGAUUUUGAAGAUCUGAGGCCGGGAGACUCUGUGAUUCAGAAUGCAGCCAAUAGCGGAGUCGGGCAGGCUGUUAUACAAAUUGCUGCUGCAAGAGGAAUAAACACCAUAAAUAUUAUUCGAGACAGGCCAGAUUUCACACAGCUCAGUGACAAGCUGAAGGCUAUAGGAGCCAGUCAUGUAAUCAGAGAAGAGAGCUUAAGGCGACCUGAGAUGAAGGAACUGUUUACGACAUGUUCAAAGCCUAAACUGGCUUUAAAUGGAGUUGGAGGGAAGAGUGCAACAGAACUGCUCCGUCAUCUACAAGUUGGAGGAUCUAUGGUGACAUAUGGUGGCAUGUCUAAACAGCCAGUCACUGUCCCUGUGAGUGCUCUUAUUUUUAAGGAUGUUAGAGUUUGUGGCUUUUGGGUCACACAGUGGAAGAGAGAUCACUCUCAUGAUGAGAGAGUGUUUAGAGGCAUGCUGGAUGAACUGUGCUCUCUCAUCCAGCAAGGGAAGCUAACAGCUCCUGCCUGCGAAGAGGUGCGUCUACGAGACUAUAAAAAGGCACUGGAUGCAGCCUUGCAGCCUUUUACUUCCAGUAAACAGGUCCUAAUUAUGUGAAGGUGCUACAUUAGCCAAUCACUGUAAUGUUGGGACAACAGAGCAUGAACUGAAAUGUAACUUCAGGCUCAUUCCACAUUAAUCUGUGAACCAGUUACAGUGCACAAUAAAUACCUGCUUUCUCAUCAGG